UGGCGCAUGCGCAGUGGAAAGCGGCCUGUUCCGGCUCGGCCGUGUGUGAGCCGGUGGUGCUGUCCCGCCCUCCUCGCCUCACGCUCCCUCAGAAGCAGGCUCGUAGCCCGGCUCUUGGGGCCAAGAUGAGUUUGUUUGGAUCAACCUCAGGGUUUGGAGCUGGUGGUACCAGCAUGUUUGGAAAUACAGCAACAGAUAAUCACAACCCCAUGAAGGAUAUUGAAGUUACAUCUCCACCUGAUGACAGCAUUGGUUGUUUAGCUUUCAGUCCACUAGCAUUGCCGGGUAACUUCCUUAUUGCAGGAUCCUGGGCAAAUGAUGUUCGGUGUUGGGAAGUUCAAGAUAAUGGACAAACUAUUCCGAAAGCUCAGCAGAUGCACACAGGGCCUGUGCUAGAUGUGUGUUGGAGUGAUGACGGGAGUAAAGUAUUUACUGCCUCUUGUGAUAAAACUGCCAAAAUGUGGGAUCUCAACAGUAACCAGGCCAUACAAAUUGCACAGCAUGAAGCCCCUGUUAAGACUGUCCAUUGGAUUAAAGCACCAAACUAUAGCUGUGUGAUGACCGGAAGUUGGGAUAAAACUUUGAAGUUCUGGGAUACACGAUCACCAACUCCUAUGAUGACAUUACAACUGCCUGAAAGAUGCUACUGUGCUGAUGUGGUGCAUCCCAUGGCAGUUGUCGCCACUGCAGAAAGAGGUUUGAUAGUAUACCAGUUAGAGAAUCAGCCUUCUGAAUUUAGAAGAAUAGACUCUCCACUGAAACACCAGCAUCGCUGUGUUGCUAUUUUUAAAGACAAAGUGAACAAACCUACUGGAUUUGCCCUUGGAAGUAUUGAAGGAAGGGUAGCAAUUCACUAUAUCAACCCACCAAAUCCAGCCAAAGAUAACUUCACUUUUAAAUGUCAUCGCUCCAAUGGAACGAACACAUCAGCACCUCAGGAUAUCUAUGCUGUAAAUGGGAUAGCAUUUCAUCCUGCCCAUGGCACCCUUGCGACUGUAGGAUCUGAUGGUAGAUUCAGCUUUUGGGAUAAAGAUGCACGAACAAAGCUAAAAACAUCAGAACAGCUUGACCAGCCAAUAUCUGCCUGUUGUUUUAACCACAAUGGGAAUAUUUUUGCAUAUGCUUCCAGUUACGACUGGUCCAAGGGUCAUGAAUUUUAUAAUCCACAAAAGAAAAACUACAUUUUUCUGCGUAAUGCAGCAGAAGAGUUAAAGCCCAGGAAUAAAAAGUAGGGAGUAUAAUUCUGACUGGUGUUACAGCAGUACUUUUCUGCCACUGGACUCCCUUGCAGUUGUCAAUUUUGGAUCGCUAACAUUUAGCAGGAAACCCUAUAAAUAAUACCAAAGUGUAUUCUGACUUGCUGGAGAACAUCAUUCAAAUUAUGUAUUCUGAUGUGUACUUGAGUGUCUGAUAUUUGCAGGAUGACUUACCAUACAUCUAUUCCUCUGCAGUAACUGCUGUAAAAUCUCUAAAUUCAAGACUGGUAUUACUUUACUGUUUAGAAAUGCAAAUAUGUCUCUGCCAAUAUUUUACCGUUACUACAAUAAAAUAUGUGCAUUUACAAUAGUUGUGGAAAAAUUGUACAGAUACUGUUUCUUUUAACUAUUUGGGGAAUUAUGAAUAACUUGUCUCAAAGGGGGCUGGUCAUUCUGAUUUUAAUAUAGAAGCAUUAGCGACUAUAGCAGAAAGAAAGCUUUGCAAAUUUGGUUUUCCUCAGGGUUUGGAUUAAUUUGGUAUUUAUGUAUGUGACGAAGACCCAACGUAGAACAGAGAGGCCUUGUGCAAACUCCCCUUUUCUCUUUCCAUGUACUCCAACAGUGCACUUCAGUCCUAACUUGCAGUGCCUUUCCUUAUCCCAGUCCUAAGUAGAAACCACCAGUUGCAUCAAGUGGUAUAGUUCAGUAGCAUUGACAGACAGCUAAUGGUUAAGAUGUGACCACCAAACUGAUUUUCAUUUGUGGCCUAAACUGUUUGAUCACCCAGAUGUCUCCAGAAUUGAAAGGCUGUUCUUUUAACUCAGUGUGCCACCAAUUUCCCCAGUACAUUUUUGUCAGGCUGAAAUAAGUUUGAUCACUUUAAUACUGGAUAGUUUAUAGUGCAGGUGGGUUUCAUCCCUGACUAAACAGUGCUGUGAAGUUAAGCAAAAAUUAUGUGAGUUUUUUCUGACUCAAAUCUGCUACCGUUUAUUUUUAUUAACUAAAUGUUGUACACAUGCCAAAGUUUUCUUUCUUGUGCUGACUGCUUAUUCCUUUUGAUUAUUAUUUGUGGAAAAAAAUGGGGCCCGCAUGUAAACAAAGAUGUGUCUUAUUGUAAAAAUCUCUGUAAAAAUAUAAUUGUAAUACUUGUGAUUACUGAUUCAUAGCUACAUUUAAAAUAAAAUUUUUACUAAA